GUAGUUGAAAUGAAAUGGUUUGUUGUUUGAAUUGGUUGACACUGAUAGAGUUCUUGAGCUGUAUCCUGUUGCUGCAGAGGCUACCAGCCUCAUCUCUCAAGAAAAUUGCUGAAGUUGUCUUUGUCAAACGCUAUGAUCCUGGAGAGUAUGUUGUUCAUGAGGGUGAAAGUGCUGAUGAAGUUUACUUUGUAUGGGAUGGAGAGACUGAGGCUGUUGGAUCUGUUGCUGCUGAUGAAGAAAGUUGUCCAGAUUUCCAAUUGAAGCGAUAUGAUUAUUUUGGUUAUGGCAUGUCUACACUUGUUAAUGAGGCAAAAGUAAUUGCUUUGACUAAGCUGACACGCUUGGUGCUACCUGGUGAACAUUGUAGUUUGCUGCAGAAAAAAUCAAUCGGGAAUGCAGAAAAAACCCUCGAGACAUGCUCACUUGUGGAGAGUAUAUUACACUUGGAGCCAAAAGAAGUAAAUGUAUUCCGGAUCACGUUACCAGAUGCACCAAAGUUUGGAAAGGUUUUUGGAGGACAAUUUAUGGGACAGGCAAGAUUAAGCUGUUCUCUCUCUCUCUCUCUCUCUCUCUCUCUCUCUCUCUCUCUCUCUCUCUCUCUCUCUCUCUCUCUCUCUCUCCUACUGGCAUGUUUUGUAAAACAAGUUUCCAGUAAACACAAGUGGCAGAAUCUUUGCACUAGGACAUAUUAGAGAACUUGUAUACUUGUGCUUGUGGUAGGUCAACGUUUGGGAAGAUUUGUCAAUGAUAUUUAUGAACCUUUUAGAAGAAGGUUUUUAGGGUUCAAAAUAGAAAAUAUUUGAUUUAUGGUUGAAAAGAGAAGAAGAAGAAAAGGAAAAAGGAAAUUUUCAAAUCUGCAACAGUGGCCAUGAAGAUUACCUGUGAAUAAUACUAUGAACAGUACUGCAAGUAAGAAACGAAGAAAAGAAAGAAGAGAAAGGGAGGAAAAAGAAUACUAAGGCCAACAUGCUUCAAUACUCAAAACACCCAAUAUUUUAUUGGUCAACUCUAACUUCUUUGAGUACACUUAUAGAUCCUAACCUUAACUUCUCUUAGUGGAACUAGGACUCUUACUUUGACUACUAAACUUAACCCUAAUUGAGUUGAACCAAAACCAGCACAUAAAGUUCCAUAAACUAAAUAAGACUUACCUAAUUAAUAAAAGAAAUCCCAAGGCCCAUAAUAAUGGCCAUACCCAACAAUUGUAAAAUUACUAAAAUACGCUUGGCUCUACAAUGGCUAAAUU